GCAGAGCAUCCUGCGCCCCGGCGCGGGGCCCCGCCGUAGCCUUGGGCUGCUCCCCUGGACCUGCCGCAGACCCAGGAGCCCCCCCAGGGGGAGGCUGAGAGACCCUUGGAGGCCCCUGACGUCCCUCUCCGACAGCGCAGAACGGGGCAACCGCAGCCAUGACCACCCACGUGACCCUGGAGGACGCCCUGUCCAACGUGGACCUGCUGGAGGAGCUGCCCCUCCCCGACCAGCAGCCGUGCAUCGAGCCGCCGCCGUCCUCCAUCAUGUACCAGGCUAACUUUGACACAAACUUCGAGGACAGGAAUGCAUUUGUCACAGGCAUUGCAAGGUACAUUGAGCAGGCUACGGUCCAUUCCAGCAUGAAUGAAAUGCUGGAGGAAGGGCACGAGUAUGCGGUCAUGCUUUACACCUGGCGCAGCUGUUCCCGGGCCAUCCCGCAGGUGAAAUGCAAUGAGCAGCCCAACCGGGUCGAGAUCUAUGAGAAGACAGUGGAGGUGCUGGAGCCGGAGGUCACCAAGCUCAUGAAGUUCAUGUACUUUCAGCGCAAGGCCAUCGAGCGGUUCUGCAGUGAGGUGAAGCGGCUGUGCCAUGCCGAGCGCAGGAAGGACUUCGUCUCCGAGGCCUACCUCCUGACCCUGGGCAAGUUCAUCAACAUGUUUGCCGUCUUGGAUGAACUAAAGAAUAUGAAGUGCAGCGUCAAGAACGACCACUCUGCCUAUAAGAGGGCAGCCCAGUUCCUGAGGAAGAUGGCGGACCCUCAGUCUAUCCAGGAGUCACAGAACCUUUCCAUGUUCCUGGCCAACCACAACAGGAUCACCCAGUGUCUCCAUCAGCAACUGGAAGUGAUCCCAGGCUAUGAGGAGCUGCUGGCAGACAUUGUCAACAUCUGCGUGGACUACUACGAGAACAAGAUGUACCUGACCCCCAGUGAGAAGCACAUGCUCCUCAAGGUAAUGGGUUUUGGUCUCUACCUGAUGGAUGGAAACGUCAGUAACAUUUACAAACUGGAUGCCAAGAAGAGAAUCAACCUCAGCAAAAUUGAUAAGUUCUUUAAGCAGCUGCAAGUGGUGCCCCUUUUCGGCGACAUGCAGAUAGAGCUGGCCAGAUACAUUAAGACCAGUGCUCACUAUGAAGAGAACAAGUCCAAGUGGACGUGUACCCAGAGCAGCAUCAGCCCCCAGUACAACAUCUGCGAGCAGAUGGUUCAGAUCCGGGACGAUCACAUCCGCUUCAUCUCUGAACUUGCUCGCUACAGCAACAGUGAGGUGGUGACAGGCUCCGGACUGGACAGCCAGAAGUCAGAUGAGGAAUACCGAGAGCUCUUCGACCUGGCCCUGCGGGGCCUGCAGCUUUUAUCCAAGUGGAGCGCCCAUGUCAUGGAGGUGUACUCCUGGAAGCUGGUUCACCCCACAGACAAGUUCUGCAACAAGGAUUGCCCCGGCACGGCGGAGGAGUAUGAGAGAGCCACACGCUACAACUAUACCAGCGAGGAGAAGUUCGCCUUCGUGGAGGUGAUCGCCAUGAUCAAAGGCCUCCAGGUCCUCAUGGGCAGGAUGGAGAGCGUCUUCAACCAGGCCAUCAGGAACACCAUCUACGCGGCCCUGCAGGACUUCGCCCAGGUGACUCUGCGUGAGCCCCUGAGACAGGCAGUGCGGAAGAAGAAGAACGUUCUUAUCAGUGUCCUGCAGGCAAUUCGAAAAACCAUCUGUGACUGGGAGGGGGGCCGAGAGCCCCCCAAUGACCCAUGUUUGAGAGGGGAGAAGGAUCCCAAGGGGGGAUUUGACAUCAAGGUGCCCCGGCGUGCUGUGGGGCCCUCCAGCACACAGCUGUACAUGGUGCGGACCAUGCUCGAAUCGCUCAUCGCAGACAAAAGUGGCUCCAAGAAGACGCUGAGAAGCAGCCUUGAUGGGCCCAUUGUCCUCGCCAUAGAGGACUUCCACAAGCAGUCCUUCUUUUUCACGCACCUGCUCAAUAUCAGUGAAGCCCUGCAGCAGUGUUGUGACCUCUCUCAGCUCUGGUUCCGAGAAUUCUUCCUGGAGUUAACCAUGGGCCGGCGAAUCCAGUUCCCAAUUGAGAUGUCCAUGCCCUGGAUUCUAACAGACCAUAUCCUGGAAACCAAAGAACCUUCCAUGAUGGAGUACGUCCUCUACCCCCUGGACCUGUACAAUGACAGCGCCUACUAUGCUCUGACCAAGUUUAAAAAGCAGUUCCUGUACGAUGAGAUUGAAGCCGAGGUGAACCUGUGCUUUGAUCAGUUUGUUUACAAGCUGGCAGACCAGAUCUUCGCCUACUACAAAGCCAUGGCUGGCAGCGUCCUGUUGGAUAAACGUUUUAGGGCUGAAUGUAAGAAUUAUGGAGUCAUCAUUCCAUACCCACCAUCCAACCGCUACGAAACACUGCUGAAACAGAGACAUGUACAGCUUUUGGGUAGAUCAAUCGACUUGAACAGACUCAUUACCCAGCGUAUCUCUGCUGCCAUGUAUAAAUCCUUGGACCAGGCCAUCAGCCGCUUCGAGAGUGAGGACCUGACUUCCAUUGUGGAGCUGGAGUGGCUGCUGGAGAUCAACCGGCUCACGCACCGGCUGCUCUGUAAGCACAUGACCCUGGACAGCUUCGACGCCAUGUUCCGGGAGGCCAACCACAACGUGUCUGCCCCCUACGGCCGCAUCACCCUCCACGUCUUUUGGGAGCUGAACUUCGACUUCCUCCCCAACUAUUGCUACAACGGGUCCACCAACCGUUUUGUUCGAACUGCCAUUCCUUUUACCCAAGAACCGCAAAGAGAUAAACCCGCCAACGUCCAGCCUUAUUACCUCUAUGGAUCCAAGCCUCUCAACAUUGCCUACAGCCACAUCUACAGCUCGUACAGGAACUUUGUGGGCCCCCCUCACUUCAAGACCAUCUGCAGACUCCUGGGUUACCAGGGCAUCGCAGUGGUCAUGGAGGAACUCCUGAAGAUCGUCAAGAGCCUGCUCCAAGGAACCAUUCUCCAGUACGUGAAAACACUGAUCGAGGUGAUGCCCAAGAUUUGCCGCUUGCCCCGGCACGAGUAUGGCUCUCCAGGGAUCCUGGAGUUCUUCCACCACCAGCUAAAGGACAUCAUUGAGUACGCAGAGCUCAAGACAGACGUGUUCCAGAGCCUGAGGGAGGUGGGCAAUGCCAUCCUCUUCUGCCUGCUCAUAGAGCAAGCUCUGUCUCAGGAGGAAGUCUGUGAUUUGCUCCAUGCUGCACCCUUCCAAAACAUCUUGCCUAGAGUCUACAUCAAAGAAGGGGAGCGUCUGGAGGUCCGCAUGAAACGCCUGGAAGCCAAGUAUGCCCCGCUUCACCUCGUCCCUCUGAUAGAGCGGCUGGGGACCCCCCAGCAAAUCGCCAUCGCUCGGGAGGGCGACCUGCUGACCAAGGAGCGGCUGUGCUGUGGCCUGUCCAUGUUCGAGGUCAUCCUGACACGCAUUCGGAGCUACCUGCAAGACCCCAUCUGGCGGGGCCCCCCACCCACCAACGGCGUCAUGCACGUUGACGAGUGCGUGGAGUUCCACCGGCUCUGGAGUGCCAUGCAGUUCGUCUACUGCAUCCCCGUGGGGACCAACGAGUUCACAGCUGAGCAAUGUUUUGGUGACGGUUUGAACUGGGCCGGCUGCUCCAUCAUCGUCCUGCUGGGCCAGCAACGUCGCUUCGACCUGUUUGACUUCUGCUACCACCUGCUGAAAGUCCAGAGGCAGGACGGGAAGGAUGAGGUCAUUAAGAAUGUGCCCCUGAAGAAGAUGGCAGACAGAAUUAGGAAGUACCAGAUCUUGAACAAUGAGGUUUUUGCCAUCCUGAACAAGUACAUGAAGUCCGUGGAGACAGACAGUUCCACCGUAGAGCACGUGCGUUGCUUCCAGCCACCCAUCCACCAGUCCCUGGCCACCACCUGCUAGGUGGAAGGGCCUGCAGACCCUUGACCUGGAGGAGGAGAAGAAGCAGGAGAGAGAAAGCCAUGGCCAGCCUGCAGCUGGGUCCGGCUGGACAGCGUAUGGGAUCAGCCUGGAAGCAAAUAAGAACCUCCCCGAACACAUCUACGCCUCCCAAGGGCUGGGCCUGUGCAUGCUGUCCCAUGACAUCUCCAUGGUGGUUUUUCCAUAGCGUCAAUGAAAAAAAAAAAAAAGAAAAGAAACAGGGCAGUAUGUGCUUUUCUUUUCUUUUUUCCCCUCAGCCGUGUUAAGAGCCCUAGUUUCACCCCUUCUCCAUCUCACAGCCCCCUCCCCCUACAUGGUUGCUUCUCAAGACCUCCUCCCGGAUGGUGACCUCUUUCCCAGGGCCCACGUACGACCUCAGAGUGAAGUCUCAGAGAUGGAGAAAAGAGCAUGGCCGUACCCCAAGAUAUCAGAUAUCAGCCCGACCUGACAGGCAUGUCUCCACUUCCUGGCUUCUUCAUUUCCUGUGCCUCUUCCCCCAGCCCCCAUUUUCCCAGGCAGCCUCUCCUCCUACUCUGGAUGCUGAGGAUUCAACCACCAACAAUGCUUGUGGACCAGACGCUGAGAGCCACAGGAAACAGAGAGCCACAGGAUCUCUAGUUUCAGAGAAGCCACAGGCUGGGUGCCUGGUACUGGCACCAUGAUAGAUGGUGUUGGCUCUGGCCUUCCCUGGACUCCCCCAAAACACACUCCCCUCUCAGGGCACUCCUAGAGAGGACUCAGAAACACAUUCACAGCCGUGUCUCACUGACUGGAAUUCGGGUAGAAAGGUGGUCCGGCCUGCUGUGCGGAAGCAAUGUUUAUUGACAUAGCCAGAAAUUCCGUAGGCCCAGACAGAAAGCUGUGGGACUAUCUCAGCUUGAUGACGAGGUGGUUCCUUUAUUCAUGAAGCAAAUCCUGUGAGCAGCAAGGUGCCAAGGGCCGCGGACGGUGGGAGCACAGCCCUGGACAAGGGCAGGCACGUGCUGCCCGCAGCAGCAGCCGGCGACCUCAUUCGGGACGGCUUCUCUGCACAGACUCUCUCAUCAAGGAAAGCUCCCAGGAGAAAGAAAAUAUUAAGGGGUUAUUUCAACAGAAGCCCAAAAUGUAUUGGGUCAGGGGGGUGAGGAAUAUAAAUAGUCCUUGUCAAUGAGUUUUUAAUACCAGGAUACGCUCCAGAAAAGGAGCCCUGUUUUAGUGAAUCGGGAUUUAGUGAAUCUUCUGCUCUCAACAUCCCCAGUGUUCCUUAACCUAGAUUUCAAGGCAUAUGCCUAUCACAGGGGCCUGUCUACUUCCAUUUCUCCAACAGAACCCAAAGUCUUUGCCGAAUCUCCCACCGCGCAUGGGGAGCCUGUUGAGAAGGAUGGACGCCUUUGGGAAUGACUGUCUCAUUACAGAGCUCCUCUUCUUCAAAGGGAGCCUGUGACCCUGAGCUUGUGAGAAAAUAUACAGUGAGACAUUUGAUAUCUCUCCCCGAAUGCAGGGACAAAAAGAAAAAUGAGAAAAUAGAACAACAAUGAUCCCCUCCCUCAGGGCAGAUGAAUGGAAAUGGUUACCGUCAUUCAGAUGGCCCAUUUUAACUCGUGGAAAGGGCAGAAACAGUCUAUAGCAGGUUUGUGUGAUACACUGUGCUCCCCAGGGAGGAGAGAGAUGGGACUCACCACGUGUGGCCCUAAGGCCUCCAGCAGGAUGUCCUGAGGUUCAUGCAUUUGGUGCAGAUUCCCGGGCUCUCCCCCAAACCAGUUAAGUCUGCAUCCCUGGGAAUCAGGUAGGGAAAUCUGCACCUUUCACAAGCAUUCUGAGCUGUUCUGUUGCCCAUGGAAAUCUGAGGAUGGCUGCUGUGGAGGGUCUCUCCAUCGAGAGCCUGGGCCCUGAGCUCCCUCUGAGCCAGGAAAGAAAAUAUUGGUAAGGUAGGAGAACAAUUCAGUGUAGGAACUGGCAGAUCCCCCUGUCUAGAGAUGUCACUUCCUAUUCUGAUUUGUUGUUCUUGUUGUUUAUUCCUCUUGAUGACCAUGGAUAUGUCCCAAAGGCAGAUGGGAGAGGCUACACCAUAUGAUAGAACCCGCAUUCCAAAACCAGAUAAAAUCUUUAAGCUCCAGAAUCUUCUGAAUCUUUAGUCCUGUGUGUGGACAGUGGGUCCUUCAGAUAGAUGACCCGCUAUUAAGUCCUAGAGUUUCUUCCAAAUCCUUGCCCACUGCUUUGGUGGAGAUUUGGAUCAUCCAUUUGAUGGGAUUGCUAUUUUAACAACUUGCCCCUCCAUCCUGCGUUUGUAACCCUGAAUCUGACUCCUGGAUAGAAUCUUGUUAUCUUAAAGAGACUUGACCCUGGUAAAUUGAGGUCUUCACCUUAAGGAGAGACAUUUCACUUCCCUAGCUCACUGGCGCAUUUAUUUAUGAAUACCAAACAGGUUUAAUAUUCUUUCCUCCCUGGUAUUCCUGCCUCCCUUUGAUUUGAUUUUUGUGUGUGUGUGUCUAAGAACCAGGAAAAAAAAAUCUUAGGUUUUAAAAAGUUUUAAAAAAAAAAUUAUGUUUCAGAAACUGUCAAAUGUACCAUAUUUGUAUUAAGAGUUGUUGGGGAUUUUUGUACAAUGAAUUUACAUUUAUUUAUGGUGACUUAUAUUUACGCUUGUGAUCAAAUAAUGAUGUUAAAUUCUUAAAUCAUAUUUGCUAUGCAGCUGAAGAUGAUAUUUUGCUUUGUAUUUUGGGGUACCUGUGUUGAGUUGACAAACAUUUCCAUCUCCAUUAAAACUGCUUCCAAACCAGCA